ACCAAUGAUGGCGGACACGUUGGCUUUGCCUGUCAACCAGAGAGUGAUACGCGAUCGUUUGCAUGCAUGGGAAUCAACCACUGACUCCAAAGCUCCUCUCACAGGCACUCAGAAGGAUGGUCUAGUGGAACUGACAUCCAAAACUUCAGAAAGGCCAUUCCCUAAAGAUCUUCCAGAGGAUGAAGUUCCAUUGGCAAUGUCUAAAACUCCUCCCUCCCAGCUGAACAGUGACUCCCAGGAAACAAAGGGUUUCACUCUGUCCAGUGACACCGAUACAAUUGACACAGCUCAACAGUUUUUCUCCUGGUUUUCCACUGUGGAAGAAGAUAUUGAGAGAGAUGAAGAGAUAACUUAUAGACGUUACAUAGAGGAGCUGAGAGAGUACCAGAAACAAUGUGACCAAGUCCUUGAAGAAGUGGGCACUGCCUUAGACUACCUCACUAGUCUUCAGGCCCACUAUAUCCACGUCUCCACAAAGACAAAUGCCCUCCAUGAUGCCUGCGAACAUCUGCUCGCGGAACAGACACGACUCAUCAACACUGCAGAAAACAUCAGUAAUAAAUUGUCUUACUUCAAUGAGCUGGACCGAAUAUCUUCAAAACUUGAUUCUUCCACUCUGGCUGUCACCAAUGAAUCCUUUGUCCCAAUGUUGUCCCGCUUAGACGAGUGCAUACUGUAUGUAUCUAAUAAUGCACGCUGUAAAGAAUCUUCAGUUUACCUGGCAAAGUUCAGACACUGCCUCGCUCGGGCUUUAAACCUGAUCAAAGGUCAUGUGGUACACAUAUUACAAACAGCUACGCAGCAAGUUCAACCCAGUAAGGAUACUCUCAAUGUUGGUGACAACGCCUUCACACUGUUCUACGGAAAGUUUCGCGCCAAUGCUCCUCGUGUCAAAUCAUUGAUGGAAGAACUGGAGCAGCGAGUUGAUAAAAGUCCCGAGUAUGUACAGAUACUGGCCGACUGUCACCAGUGUUACUUUCAACAGAGGGAAGUUCUACUGGGACCGAGUGUGUCAUCCACUGUAACUGAUCUGGCCACCAAACACGCCCGCGACCACUGUGCUCUGAUGAGAAGUGGAUGUGCGUUUAUGGUCCAUGUAUGUGAGGAUGAACACCAACUCUACUUCAACUUCUUCUCCAAACCAACCUCCCAGCUAGAUGAAAUGUUGGAACACCUGUGUAACAGUCUGUAUGACAUGUUCCGACCGCUCAUCAUCCACAUCAACCACUUGGAAACACUGUCAGAGCUGUGUUCCAUCCUCAAGAUAGAGAUGCUGGAGGAACACGUACAGAAUAAUGCCAACGGGCUGGUGGCAUUCGAGAUGAUUUGUAAACAGAUGCUGAUGGAUGUGCAGGAGCGACUUGUUUACAGGACGUACAUUUGUAUCAAGGCUGACAUCCUGAACUAUAAAGCUGCCCAAGGGGACCUGGCCUACCCAGAGAAGCUGGAGAUGAUGGAGAGUAUAGCAGAAGGCAUUAAAAACAGCCAGAAUACCAAGGAAAGGUCAAGGUCAUCCUCUAUGUCCUCGACAGGUGAAGGUCACAAAAGGUCACUUUCUAAUGUCUCCAACACCAGUCUGGAGGUAGCUCAGAUCACGGACGGGGAACAACAAGAAAUGGGGCCACCUGUCGUAGCAGGAGUUGGGGACCCACAGCACCCUCGUGGGACGUCGAUGCCCCUAUCUCCUGCGGACCUCCAUGGUAUGUGGUAUCCGACAGUGCGCCGGACACUGGUCACCCUGUCUAAACUCUACAGAUGUAUAGACAAGACUACAUUCCAAGGUCUGUCUCAGGAAGCACUGCAGUCGUGUAUACAAAGUCUACAGAACGCCAAGGAGGGAAUCACCAAACGCAAGAAUGUUUUAGAUGGGGAACUGUUCAUCAUCAAACAUCUUCUGAUUUUACGGGAACAAAUCGCUCCCUUCCAGGCCGACUUCUCCAUCAGGGAAACCUGCCUGGAUUUCAGUAAAUUCAAAGACCUGAGUUUAUCACAAGCUGGUCAUAAGUUUCUGGGUGCUGCCUAUGAUCUGGUGAACAGCAAGUCCAAACUGUUUGCCUUAAACAGUACCAACGCAUUACUGCAGUUUAUCCUGGAGGGUACUCCCCAGGUGACGGAAUACUUCGUUGAUUCCAAGCGUGAUGUCGACCAGCAGUUGAAGAGGAGCUGUGAGGAUUUUAUACAUCAUGUCACUGGGCUGUUUACAGAACCACUACAGACGUUUCUGUCCAGAGCUAGCGUGGUAAUCAGUAUGAAAACCGAGGAACCAGCUAGGAGUGUGACACUCGGACAACAGCCCUUCGCCACGCCCGAAAAGUUACACGACGUCAUAGCCGAGACUUAUCGCAAUCUCAAGACGCGCCUUCCCACGGUCCAACGGUCUAUGUCUCUGUACUUAGCCAAUCGAGAUACAGAGGUCAUUCUCUUCAAGCCAAUUAAGGUGAACAUUCAGUCAACAUACCAACAGGUGGACAAGAUCCUGGCUGAUCACUACACUGAGGAGGACAGAUUGAUCGUGGCCUUACCAAGCUCUGAACAGAUUAAUUUACUGCUAUCAACAUCCAAGUCCUGAAGAGAGCUCAGAAGAAGUGGUGUUAACUAUAUCUGUGAUACAUGUCCCUACUAAAGACACCAAUACAGUCUGGGGAUCAUCAGGCAUACCCUUAUUUGGACAUGCAUGUGAUUUACAUGUGAUUUGUACCUUUUAUUGCCAAGUCGGUCAGCUUUGCUUCAUUUUAUAUCAGCAAUACUUUUUCUUCAUGUUUGGAUUUAGUUAUUAGAGUGUGUAAACCAUAUUUUCUGAUAGUCCAGGAGGUUUGAUAGAUACUUAGAUAAUUUGAAAGUUUUGCUCUCUAUGUCAGAGGCUUAAUUCUUCUCAGACAUGAGCCAUUUAUAAAGAAGUGAAGUGGGCUACCGUUUGAGAAAAAGGAUAAUAAUCGAAAACAGUGUAUGUAAAGUUUUUCAAUGAAAAGUUACAAAAACUCAUUUUCGAAACAAAACAAAAUUUAAAAGUAAAUUUAUUGACUAAAUUGCAAGUACAUAGUAAUCUUGAAUGUAAAAGUAAAAAAAAAAAAUCUAGUGAAAUAUGAAAAAUUCUCAAUCUGACAAAAGAUAUUAUGUUUCAUGGUAGUGAGAGAAAAUCAUAUCUUAUAAUAUACAUUUUUAUUACUACACAUUCUCAGUGUUUUCUUUUUUUUUAAUCUUUUUUUUGACAAUGUUUGGGUUAUUUUGUGUGGGUUAACAUUUGAUUGUGAUUAUUCAUAUCAAGUUACAGUACAUGUAUUAUGAUGAUAGAUAUUUAAAAUGUCUGACCUAUAAAUGAGAUGUGCAAUACCAGGGUGAUACAAGGUGCAGUGUGUAUGAUUGAGUGCACGGAACUGAAGGAUCAAGGUUUUUGUUAAUUGACUAGGAAUAUAUCAAUUCCAGGAGCUUACUGUUAUUAUGAAUGAGUUUUCAAUUUCUUAUCUCAAUGGAAUGGAAACAUAAUUUCAUCUGGAAAAACAGAAAGACACAGAUGCGUAUAUGUAAAUACUUUAUUUGUUAUAAUAGGAUAUUAGUGGACCCAGGCAUUGCUGCCUCUAUAUCCACAUCAAUAUAGUUUGAAAUUCAUUGUGGUAAACAUAAAAUAAGCCUGUAUAUAAUAUAAGGCACUGUAUGAUAGGACUUCAACUCCAGAUCUUUCCAGAAUUCGUCCAAGUUUUUCUCAAAGUCUAAUACCAGUAUUUAACACAGUGGCAUUCAAUGACAUAAACGUUUUAACUUCCCAAUAAUUAUCCAAAAUGCUGUAACAGAUUUGAAGUGUGAGGUUUAACGAAGUGAAAUACGUGAUCCAAGGAUGUUUGAUUGUAAGGAUGGUCGUGUGUGGUUGUAAGGGCCAUGUGACUGCUCGUAUGAAUGAAUUGCAGUGUAGCUGAUGUGUAAGAUGCACAGAACUCUAAAGGUACUGUAUACUGGGAAACCUUUCACCCCCGUGAAAUAUUCACCCUUAUCUGGUAAAUUUCCUGGUAUACAGUCCAUAUGUUUACCAAUAUCUCUAGCUUAAAUUAUUAUUGAAUUUCUUAAUCAGGAACUGUAUUUCAUUCAUAUGACAAUUUUCUUCCCUCACGUGGAGAAUGUUCUCAUUUUUCUGUAUAUUAUUUUAUGGAAAGCAGGGCCAAGUUGCUCAAAGUUGAAUUAGCUUCAGCGCAUAUUAAGUUAUUAACACGAACGUUUUAAAAAUAACAACUACAACUAUCACACACACCCCUUCCGCCCCCCCGCCCCCUCCACAAAAAGAAUAUGUGCUUACACACACUUUAAAAAAAAAAAUCUCAAAUCUUGAAAAAAUUGUUAAUGACUUGGCAAGCUAACCAGACUUUGAACACCUUAGGGUUACUGUGCUUGAAAUGUUAUUGGUUGAUGUAACUAGACAAGACUGAUUAAUGGACCACAAUACCUGGGAUUAAAACAUUUAUCGUAAGUGCUUUUAUGUGUACUCACUAAUUUGAAUGUACCACAGUAGUAUUUAUAAUUCAUCAUAUGUACUGUAGAAUUUACAGUGGGUGAUCAUGUUUUAUUUAUGCUGGGAGAAUAAAAAAGUGAAGAAAACAA